AUGUUCCGUAAUCAAUACGACAGUGAUGUUACGGUUUGGAGUCCUCAGGGUCGACUUCAUCAGGUUGAUUAUGCUGUUGAAGCAAUGAAGCAAGGUAGUGCAACCGUUGGAGUGAAAAGCAAUACACACGCUGUUCUUGUGGCCUUGAAGCGCGCUGCAAAUGAACUAUGUUCACAUCAAAAAAAAAUUUAUGAACUCGACACGCAUGCCGGUGUUUCCAUUGCGGGUCUUCUUUCUGAUGGUCGAAUUCUUGCGCGUUUCUUGCAAACAGAAUGUUCGGCGUGGAGAUGGGACUACAAAGAGCCGGUCCCUAUUCAGGUUUUAAACAAUCGGAUUCAAUUAAAACUGCAAGCAAAUACACAAAUUUAUGGAAGACGUCCAUUUGGUGUUGGUCUUGUUAUCGCUGGUUAUGACGAAAGAGGAACACAUAUCGUGAAGACCGAUCCGUCAGCAGAAGUUGUGGAAACACUGGCGAGUUCAAUAGGCGCUCGUUCCCAAAGCGCACGAACGUAUCUGGAGCGGCAUUUGGAUCAGUUUCCUGCUGCAAAUGUUGAACAAUUGGUUGAGUUUGCACUGUUGGCACUAAGAGAUACACUUCCUGCUGAGGACAGCUUAUCAAAAAAGAAUACAACAAUUGCUGUUGUGGGUAAAGGUAUGCCAUUCAAAGUAAUGGAAGAUGACGAUGUUCAACCAUUUUUAGAUCGCAUUGCAGGAGUUCCACGAACCGGUCAGCAAAGUGGUAGUGAAGUGAGUUUGUGA